GCGUCUAUAACAUCGCAGUCCAAGGUAUCCACAGGCAGUCGGGGCCCUCUUUCAUUGGAAUUAAAGCAGUAUUGGAUCAAAACUAACAGGGCUUCAAAUGGAAACUAUGUGUUCGCCAUUUGUGGAAGAAGCGAGCUGUGUCAGCAUAGAGGAGGAAGAUGAGGCUAAAGACAAUGAAGAGGAGGAUAAAGAUUAUUCACAAAAAGAGGAUUUAGAUGUUGGGAACAAACAGGAACUGAUGGCCUGGGCUCCAUAUUUUUACAGCAGAGUGAGCAACGAGGUGUACAACUAUGUCGGUCAUGAGAUUGUAAUUGAAGAGGGUCUGGACUCGUAUGCAGGCAUGAUAUGGCCCGCGGCUUUAGCUCUCUGCCACUACCUUGACACUCAUCGAGACCAACUGAAUCUCGUGGGCAAAACCAUCCUGGAGAUUGGAGCAGGAACUGGGCUCUUAUCUGUGGUAGCGGCACUCCUCGGUGGUUGGGUCACAGCGACAGACCUUCCAGAGGUUCUGAACAACACUAGAGUCAACCUGUGUAGGAACACCAGAGGCCGCUGCAGACACACACCCCAGGUGGCGUCUCUGUCCUGGGGCUACGACCUGGAGCACACCUACCCUUCAUCUGUCUACAGGUACGACUACGUGCUGGCAGCUGACGUGGUUUACCAUCAUGACUUCCUGGACGAGCUCUUGGCCACCAUGAAGCAUUUCUGCAAACCAGGAACAACUUUGAUCUGGGCCAACAAGGUCAGAUUCGAGUCCGAUCUGGUGUUCACGGAGAACUUUAAAAAAGCUUUUCACACAAGUUUACUGGCUGAAGAGGGAGAUGUGAAGAUCUACAUGGCAAUGAGUAGGGAAGGAGAUGAUGAAGUUGAUCAGGGCCUGGAAAUUCAAGAUCUGCUGGGAGAAGAGGAUGGAAGGACUGGAGAGGAAGAAAGCACUGAUGACAAACUUUCCUAUGUCUUUCAAGAGGUGGGAUCUAAUAUACUGGAAGAUGAAAGAGAAGAGGAGGUGGAAGAAGAAGAGCUCGGAAGUGAUGAAGAGGAAGAGGAAAUGUUAACCUCCAAAGAUGAUGAAACAGAUGAACAAAAGGAGACUGUUCCAAGCAAUGGGAACCUUUCUGAACACGAGGAUUCAAACCAGACAGUCGUACGGCGAAACUGGGUUCCGAGCAUCAUUUGCCGCAUUGACAAAGACAUCUACCAUUACGUAGGGCAGGACAUUGUCAUUUAUGAAUCCAUCGAUUCAUACGGAGCAAUGAUGUGGCCAGCUGCAUUGGCUUUGUGCUCCUUCCUUGACAACAACAGGCACACAGUGGACCUGCAGGGGAAGGAGUUGCUGGAACUGGGAGCAGGAACUGGAUUGGUGGCCAUUGUGGCCAGUCUACUGGGAGCUUCAGUCACAGCAACAGACCUUCCAGAGUUGUUAGGUAACCUCCUGGCCAACUUAAUGAGGAACACCAGAGGCCGCUGCAGAUACACACCCCAUGUGGCACCUCUGUCCUGGGGCUACGACCUGGAGCACACCUACCCUUCAUCUGUCUACAGAUACGACUACGUGCUGGCAGCUGACGUGGUUUACCAUCAUGACUUCCUGGACGAGCUCUUGGCCACCAUGAAGCAUUUCUGCAAACCGGGAACAACUUUGAUCUGGGCCAACAAGGUCAGGUUUGAGUCCGAUCUGGUGUUCACGGAGAACUUUGAAAAAACUUUUCACACAAGUUUACUGGCUGAAGAGGGAGAGAUGAAGAUCUACAUGGCAACAAGUAGAUUUGGAGAUGGAGGUGACAGGGACAGACUGAGCAGGCCCACAGGAUGCAGGCUCAAAGCCUGAAGAGGUUUAAAGGACUUAAUGUUGGACCAUCUUUGGUUCUUUGUUUGUUUUUUUCAAAUGUGGUUAGAUGCCUACUAACUUGGUUAAAAGUUGGAAGACAUGCAAAAAGCUCAGUUCUACAAAUGUGUUGCCUGAACCAAAGAUGUUUCUUGCUUUUUUGCAGUUUUGCUUCGGUUCCAGUAUGGACAACAUCUAUGUGUUUAAGUCCACAGGUCCUGGUUUCACUCAUCAGAGGAGCUUUUAAAUGUCAAUUUAGCAACAAAAUAUUUGUAAUAGUGGUACUGAUUUUGUUUCUCAUCAUUGGAGGUUUCUGUGUUUGCACAAGCUUUACUUAGGCUCAAACUAUAAUUUUACAACCUUUAUUACCAGGCCUCAUUAGGAAAAGAAAAAGUGAGCUUAAUGAUGCCAUGUAGGGAUUUUGGCCCACUCUCACAACAGACGCUUGUUUUUGGCACGGCUGUUUUGGUCCUGCCAAAGCAUUUCACAUGAAGUCUGGACUUUGGUUUGUUGCAACAACUCGAUUCUUUUCAUUUUCAGUGGUACUGUUCUAAAUUUGCUUGUGUUAAUGACCCAAUUGCAGCCAAGCUCAGGUGUCAAACAUACACCCUCCCACAUGAUACUAUAUUACAGUGGUACAGAGUCCACUGGCGCUCAGGUCCUGUGGCUGC